UGUGAGAGUUGAUAGGAUCGGAGGCGUUCCCAACUUCCCACAGUAAAACAGACCUUAUUAAGCAUGAUUUCCUCAAAUAGAACAGACGAGUUUCCUCAGCUAAAGAAUACAGUGUAUCUAGAUCACACAGGAGCAACACUUCCAUGUUCCAGUCAACUAGAUGGCUUCAGCAGAGACAUGAGAGAGAAUCUGUAUGGUAACCCACACAGUCGCUCGUCCAGCAGCAGUCUGUGUACUGAAACCAUCGACCAAACCAGGUUCAGGAUAUUGAAGCACUUCAACACCACACCGGAGAAACACACUGUUAUAUUUACAUCGGGAUGCACCGGGGCCCUGAAGCUACUUGCCGAAUCAUUCGACUGGUCUGGCUUGAAAUCAUGCCACCGGACGAUAGAAUCAUCAUCAACUGACAGCCAUGACGGGAACGAGGUUGGCACAAAGAAGAGAGGGAUGUUCUGCUAUCUGCAGGAUAACCAUACAUCUGUGGUUGGGAUGAGAGAGCUUGCUCAUGAUAAAGGUGCUGAUUGCCUCUGUUUGUCUAAAGAUACCAUGGAAAAACUAUGCACCGUUAAUGUGUCUAGUGUUGAUAAGAUUAGCUCUCACAAUGAGAUCAACGGGACAGUAGAUGAUUCGGAAUGCAACUUGCUUCCUAAUGGGCUGUUUGCUUACCCAGCACAGAGUAAUUUCUGUGGACACAAGUACCCUCUGCGAUGGGUGAAGAAGGUUCAAGAUGGCAUCCUCCAUCACCAAACCGGUUGUCGUGGUAACUGGUACGUGGUAUUGGAUGCUGCAGCCCUAGUCAGUACAUCUCCUCUAGACCUCGGCACAUGCGAUGCAGACUUUGUGACAAUCUCCUUCUACAAGAUGUUUGGAUUUCCGACCGGUCUCGGAGCCUUGAUCGUACGCAAUGAUUCCGCUGGAGUGUUAGUGAAGGAGUAUUUUGGGGGUGGUUCUGUGAUGGCAUAUUUAGCCAAGGAGAGGUUCAGUAAAUCAAGAACAGAAUUGGCAGAGAGGCUUGAAGAUGGCACUUUACCCUUUCUAGAUAUAGUCAGCCUGCGCCAUGGGUUUGAUGCUUUAGAGAAACUAGGAGGUGGUAUGAAGUCGAUUUCAGAACAUACAUUCCUCCUAGCCAAGUAUGUUUGCAAUCAGCUAUCUAGUUGGAAGCAUUACAGUGGACAACCAGUUUGUGAGAUGUACAACCGUAGUGGGUUUGACAGUGUCGAUCAUCAAGGUCCUAUUGUCAACUUCAACUUGCUUCGGUCCAAUGGAGAGCAUGCUGGAUAUGCAGAGUUUGAGAGGUUAGCAUCUCUACAUGACAUCCAUCUAAGGACUGGUUGUUUCUGUAAUACUGGAGCUUGUCAGCACUACCUCAACAUCUCCGAUCAAGACAUCAAGGAUAAUCUAGAUGCCGGACAUGUGUGUGGAGAUGACAUGGAUCUGAUAAACGGCAGGCCUACUGGAUCUGUUCGAAUCUCCUUUGGAUACAUGUCAAACCAAGAAGAUGCAGACAGGUUUCUAAAGUUUGUCAAAAACUACUUUGUUGAAAGAGAACACUCCACGACAGUGCAUUCGGUUGUAGAAUCGACUGCUUUGGUGCCAACAGAAGAUACAGGAAGAAUAGAAAGACUGAAGCCGUCAGCGAAUUCAUCAUCAUCAUCAUCAUCAUUUUCGUCAUCAUCAUCAUCAUCAUCAUCAUCAUCAUUACCCCCACCAUCAUCAUUAUCACCAUCAUCAUCAUCAUCAUCAUCAUCAUCAUCAUCAUCAGUAUCAUCAGGGCCACAGAACACUCCCUCCUCAUGGGAUCAGACUGAUGUGUCCUGUGCUGAAACAAGAAGCUCAAGGACCACUUCUCAAGGACAAAGGACCACCGAUGAACAUUCCAUCACCGAUGCUCCAAGACUCUCAGGCAUAUAUCUUUAUCCAGUCAAAUCAUGUGGUGCUAUGGAGGUUUCUGAAUGGGAGUUGAGUGAAGCAGGUCUCAUGUAUGAUAGACGAUGGAUGAUAGUCAACGAUGGUGGUGUGUAUAUGUCUCAGAAACGCAUCCCUCAUCUUUGCCUCAUAAAGCCGUCCAUAGACCUGGACAACAAACGUCUCAUGUUAGCGUAUAAAGAUAAGCAACCUUUCAUAUUGCCGCUGGACAUCUCCAGGUCUCACAUCAAUGAAAGAUCCCUUAGUCAAGGCAAGGUGUGUGGUGAUAGAGUAAAUACAAUUGAUUGUGGAGAUGAGGUUGCAGCGUGGCUUACAGAGGUCAUAGGUCAACGUUGUCGUCUGCAGCAGCAGGAUCCAGAAUACCACAGAGCGAGUAAACUCAACAGAAAUAUAGCCAAGAGAGCAUCAAACUGCUCCCUCUCCCUCGCCAACCAAUCUCAGUACCUCUUAGUGACCGCAUCUUCUUCAGCCUCCCUGCUAUCAGCAGUCAAACAGUCCUCCCAUCAGGAGAGUAACGGUAAUCAGCUGUCCAUGGACGACAUGGUAUCACGAUUCAGGUCGAACCUUGUGGUAGAGGGAUGCGGGGCUUUCGAUGAGGAAUCGUGGAGCAAGAUAGCCAUUGGAGGUCAAGAGUUUGAGGUCAAAGGUUGCUGUAAUCGUUGUCAAAUGAUCUGUAUCAACCAGGAUACAGCUGAGAAGGGCACCGAGCCUCUGUAUACGCUAUCAGCCGUCAGGAGCAAAAAGAUUUUCUUUGGAGUCCACCUCAUGAAUGGUGCUAAUCUUAAAGAAGGGGUCAAAGUGAGGAAAGGUGAUGUGGUGAGGGUGCUAGCGAGAUGUACUUCAUCAGAGACUACUGUAUGAUGUAAAGAUAUAUGUCAAAUUGUGCUAUAAAUCUGUAAAAAAAGAAAAGUAAAUAGUAAGCAAAAUAACUACCGUUGGUGAAGGUGAUGGGACAAACUAUCACUUCCGAGGCGAUCUAGA